UGAAAAAAAAUGAAACAUAUAUAUAUACAUUGAAAAUGUUUUAAAAUGAAAAUUAGGCACAUAAUUCAGCUUAUUCGGUCAUUCAUUAGUUGUGGUCUGAUUUGUAUUUUUCUAAUUGUUGCUUCAUUUUUUUCUAGAAGGUAAGAAAAAAGUAUUCCUUAAAUGGACAGUUUGUUGUAAAAAUGACAUUCCCAUUCUGCAUAACUGUACACUGUUCAAUGUGAUUCAUUCCCAUACUGUAUUUCUGUCUGCCAUGCUAAUUGAUCUCAUCCUUAUAGUAAAUGCCUACCAGUGGCAUGCGAGCAGAAGAUAAGAACAGAAUGUAGCAUGCUGUUGUAAAUCAGACUAAUACCAAACUCCCAGCAGUCUUAAGCCUCUUCUUCACAAAAGCUGCAAAUCCAACCAGUGGUGUGAUUUAGCCUGUAAACAGUGUGUCUGUGAGAAGGUGAGUUUCCUGCCAAAAGUAAGCUAACCAAAAAGGCUAUUGAUGUUUACACACACACCAACACAUACACUAUCACCACUACAAUAUUGGAGAUCAGUUUUUAAAAAAUUCACUUAUUUGCAUUUAAGCAACCUCUUAAACCCCCCAACAGCUGAUCCCCCUCACCCACCAACAAAAUUAUCUCGUUUACAUCUUAGAUUAAGUUCAAUAACUUGGUAAAAAAGGGCUGCUGACAGCAAGAUAGUAUGUACACUGAAAAAGCUUUUGAAAAGAACUCAUUCAAAUUAAAACUCAAAUCAAAUUUACAGGCUUGAAAGUGCUUAGAUUGUUUAUAGAUUGUUUCCUUGACAGAUAAGACAGUGAUCAAAAAAGAGUAUCCCAUCAUAAAAUGUAUUACUUUGCCAUUAAAUAAAUUGCCAUCAUGUUGCAUGAGUUAACUUUCAUAUGUGUGAAUAAGGAACUAAACAUUUUGGUGUGAGGUUUUGGUCUGGUGGGAACUGAAGAAUUUCCCAGCGCGCUGUCAGAAACUGGCCAAGGGCAGGUCAUGUCCUUAAAAAUCUAAAAAAGAUUAAUGUGUGACAAACUGGAGCUCUAGCAGUGGAUUCAGAACUAUUCCAAAGUUGACCCAACCUUGACUAACAACGUUUGACUAAUGAUUUUGCCCACAAUGUGAACUAACAAAUAUUUUAACAGCAUUGGAGAGGAAUCAUCAUUCUUUGGUUGGACAUGUUCACUUGGUCCUUUCCAGAUGUCCUUCAACUAAUCAAAUUGUGUUACGUAUGUGGCACAGAUAAGAACAUAAUAUUUAAACAAAAAGCCCUACAUAUAAUGAAUAUUUUACCAUGAGAGAGUCUUCACUGUUUUCCAUUGUGAAGCUUUUUUUCCUACCUACUGAGUGUUUAACAGCUAAUUAUUCCAGAAUGAAGAAAGGACUGCUUAUUGUUUUAUUUCUGUUCAGCUGUGCCUAUGGAAUGAUCCUCAAAACUAAAGAAGGAAAAAUAAGAAUUUUUUUUCAGACUAAACAACCUACAUGCACUUACAGAUGCUGAAAACAACGUCACUGUAAAAAUGCCCGUUGAUCCUGAGAAUGAUACUGAACCUGCUCGGAGAAAAAUGCCCGUUGAUCCUGAGAAUGAUACUGAACCUGCUCAGAGCAAAAUGCCCGUUGAUCCUAAGAAUGAUACUGAACCUGCUUGGAGAAAAAUGCCCGUUGAUCCUGAGAAUGAUACUGAACCUGCUUGGAGAAAAAUGCCCGUUGAUCCUGAGAAUGAUACUGAACCUGCUCGGAGAAAAAUGCCCGUUGAUCCUGAGAAUGAUACUGAACCUGCUCAGAGUCUCGUGACAGUUUCCAGGACAGUACUGGUAUCCCAAUGCCUCCUGCCAACUUGUUUGUUGACCAACCUAGGGUCAUCGCUUCAGUAUGGGGAUGAGACAGCUGGUGGAUUAACCAAAGAUCCAGCAGGGAUUGGCAAGAAAUGAAAGAAUGAAUAACACCAGUGCAGUACACUGUCUGGUCAAAUGGACGAUACAGUAAUGCUUAGAACAAACUGCCCAGUAUUUUAUCACUCAUGGUUAUUAUAGCACACGCACACACGCACACACACACACACACACACAAGCAUACACACACAUGCAUGUACACAUAGACAUAUGCAUAAACAUACAAAUGCGCACACAAAAACACAAAUAUACUGAGGCACACCCACAUAUGUGCUCCCAGCCAUGCUCCAAAAUGCUUGUGCUGACACAACGUUAUAAUUUGCAAAGAAAAACAGAUGUCAUUUAUUGUAAUUGGUGUCAAAAUCUGUCAAAUCCACAAAUGCAGUCCUGGUGUUUUACUCAAUAUGUAUGUAUUCAAUUAUCUAUUUCACUUAUUUAAUCUGAAGACAUUUUAAGUUAAUUUACUCAGUAAGAAAAGUGCACAAUCACUUUUGUCCAUGUGGGCAUUACCUGGCUACAUUAAUUAUAUGUCCAGUAAAUUUUGAAUUCUGCGUUGUGCUUUAUGUUACCCCUCCAUUAAGUGCAAAUAAAUAAACUUUUGCAACAUUGCA